CAUCCUUUGUUCGGGAUGCUGGGCACAAUUCUUAUAAAUAUGAGAUCCAUUUUAAAACAACUAGUCAGUCUAUGUCUAUACCGGUCUAGAAGUGAUUUAAGUUAAGCAGUGCAUAAUAAAAUGAAAACGAUUACAUUUUUGUUAGUGUUUUCAAUAUCGGUGUCCUUUGUGUUGGCCCUUAAAGAUAUUUGUAAACUACCACCCGCCGACCGAGGACCAUGUCGAGCAUCCUCUCUGCGCUACACCUAUCUGCCCGAUUUCAAUGAAUGCAUUCAAUUUGCCUAUGGCGGCUGUUUGGGAAAUCAGAAUAAAUUCUUUAGCAAAAGAGAUUGUGAAAAACGUUGCGUGGUCGAGAUACAAUAUGAGAGAGAAGAAGUUACAGAUGUGCCAGAGCAGAUUCUAACGAAUGAUGAUUCUCCGCUGGAUUUUGAGAGUAUUUCUUGA